UUCAUCUAUCUAUUACUAACUCUAUAGUAAAUUGACAAUUAAAAGUGUUUGUAUUCUCUUUGAAUGAAAUAGUUUCGCCACUUGUACUAAUCUAGCUUUAAAUAAAAAUAAUUUAAGCAUCCGAAAAGAAAUAGAAUGUCUAAAAACAUUGUGUUUGAGGGAUGGCUUACAAAAUCGCCUCCUUCGAAACGUAUCUGGAGAACGAAAUGGCGGAGAAGGUGGUUCGCCUUGCGACAGUCGGGCGAGCUUCCAGGGCAGUAUUUCUUAGACUACUAUGCCGAUCGCAACUGCAGACGGCUCAAGGGAACGAUCAACUUAGAUUUCUGUGAACAGGUAGAUGCUGGGCUGCAUAUGGAAAGGGGUAGCCAUGGCUCCCUAGACCCAACAUUAAGAGGCUCAGUGUUUACUAUCCAGACUCAAACUAGGAUUUAUCAUCUAGAAGCAGAUUGUGAAGCAGAUAUGGAGCGGUGGGUGAAUGCUAUUUGUCGGGUUUGUGGUUUACGAGCUACAGAUGACAGGGAUCAUGGAGCCGCAGUAUAUCAAAACCGUUCGGUUAGAUUUGAUCAAGAAAACAUAGCACUGAGGAUUGUUAAUGACAACAGAAGGAGGCAACUAGCACAUCAGAGGGCUAAUCAAAUCAUAAGGAAGCCUACAGAAAAACCUCGAAUGGCCCAUGCUUCUACAAUGACUUUAGAACAAUAUGGAACAGCUGAUACCGGGGCCUAUAUACCUAUAUCUGAAUGCACUACUGGGUCCCGUGCUGAGCGAAAUGUGCAUAUUGCAUUUAAUUUUGAUCCCAGGAAUAUACUUAUAACCACUAAAGCUCCAUUUCACGAGGUACAAGACAAGAAACGCGAUUUCAGCAAGCGUGUUUAUUUUAGUCAACCACAGAUCAAAAUUAAUGAUGUGGAUCUUUCCGAACAUGAAGAAAACCAAAGCGUAAGUCAACCUGAGAUCAGAAUUAAUGAUGUGGAGCUUUCUGAAUAUGAAGAAAACCAAAGCGAGGAUGAGUGUACAUCAAUGUAUGCAGGUGGAGCUAAAACCCGUGGUUGGACCGUCUCAAAAACUUUUACCAAAUUGUCUUUGACGCCAAAUCAAAAUAAAGCUGUCAUGACUGACCCUGAUGGACCUCCGAUACCACCCCGGCCACCAAAAACUUUCAAGAAUAUAUCUCAAACAGAGGUAGCACAAAUACAUAAUGAACCCGCAGAUAAUAUGCACAGACUGCGUGUACCGCAACCGUACUACUCGCGUAGGAACACUCCGCCGUCCCCGGGACCUUCUGGUUUGUGCCGCGGCGGCCGCAUGGAAGUCGAGGAAGAAUCCUCUACUGGACGGACCAGCCAUUACUGCAAUUUGACGUCGGUGUUCGACGACCCGCCCGCCGUCGACCGCGCACUCAAGCCGCGACACUGCAGCCACACCAUCGCAACCGCUCCUGUCAACACCAUUUCUGCCACGGUCGCCGAAGCAGAAAAGCCUAAACUUGCUAAGCUUGAGUAUUUGGAUUUGGAUCUCCCAGUGAUUGAAUCUGCGUCGGACGCUCCCAUUAUAGUGCACGGAAGAUCUCGCUCAUCAGACGCCGAUGCGUACAAAGUAGUGGACUUCAUUAAGACCGAGGCAUUUGUUGAUACCGUGCAGGAGUGCGAAGAUAACCGGGCUGCGCAACUCUGACAGAUGGAAAUGGACAGGGCGGCCGAUGAAUGAGCCCGUGCCGCUCAUGGUGUGUUAAACACCAUGAACUGUUGCUGUUGCACUAUCUCUUAUAAAAUUAAUCGUCAUAUAUAAUAACUCGUCAUUGUGACCUUGAAUUUGUUUGUUUUCCUAUGCCGUGAAAGUUGAGGCGCUAGGAAAAGCGCACGUAACUGUAUUAGUGAAUCAAGAAAAGCGGCCAAAGUGAACAAUUUUCAAAGUAUUUAAUCCUUAACCAGUGACUAAAUUAUACCUUCAAGUAUUAUAAUAUAAAAUUAAUAAAAUACAUAUGUGAGCUGUUGAUAUUCUGGAUGAAUUUCAGUGUAUGAGUUAAUAAUACUGUGGAUGAAUUUCACUUGAAUAUUCGUACGUUAGCACGAACGUGAUUGGUUACUUCGCGUUGCGCCAACGUUGUUUAAGAUAAAAAAAACUUUUGCGCUAAAUAUUGUGUGGUUUUCUUAAGUACCACAAUGUUGUUGUUCGUAGUUAUAUUAAUCAGUAUCUUUCUGUAUUGGUAUCAACAUGAAAGACGUAGACGACCAUAUAGAUCGGGGAGUCGUUACAGUGAUUAAUUACUGGGCAAAAGGUCGUACGUAGGCUUGAAUGGGGGGGUUAUAUUUAACUCGACUGAAAGGAAAUUUAUUAUUGGAAUUUUCUUGUAUCUCUGCCUUUUCCGCCUCUGCUGGAACGAUCUGUCUAAUAAUAACAAGUAGCCAAUUUAUUUCGUAUUCUGUUAUUCCGACUUUACACCGUCCGUGUAAUUAAAUUUGAAGUAAAAGUCUUUGUUUUCAUUAAAUAACUCCUGUUUUUUGUUUAUCGCGAUACAAAGAUACUCAUGUCGAAUUUAAUAAUUCGACGUUAAUAGGUAGGUUUUAAUAAAGUGUAGAUGAGUGUCGUCCGCUACACACAUUCGAGUUAUUUCCUGCUACGCAACUAAUCGAUUAUAUUAUAGAUUGGCCCUACCGUUUGAGUUGUUUUCAAAGAAUAGAGAGAUGGGUUGAUAAUAUUUUACUUUAGUAUCUUUUCUCGACUUCGCUUUAGUGGAAACCUAUCUUUAACAGAGGGAAGAGGAAUUUUGCUCAGCAUCGGCUCAAAUAGUUUUGAUGUAAGUUGCUCGUGGCAAUAUUUGGCAGAGCAUGAUGCGGGAAUGUUUGUUAUUUUAUAGAGUUUUAUAAAAAUAUUGAAAUGACUGGCUAUAUUGUAAUAUUAUACACGUAGCAUUUCGAUGCGUAUAUUUUUCAGCGGAUAAGACGAUGGGGGAAUCUUCGCCCUACGAGUUCCUCGUUCCUUGGUGUCCUUUUGCUUUUAAUUUUUUAUACACUUAAUGAUCCUUUUAAAAAUAAUCGUUAAGUGGUAAUUUUUUAACAUUUUCCUAAAAUGUUGAUACUACUGAACAACAACAUUUUUUUUUUCAUAUGCAAACAUAUGUCAGGUUUAAAUUGAAUUAAAAAGCACUCAGUUGAAAACGUAACACACAAAAUGUGCUUUAUAUGAAAUUCUUAUAUUCCUGCUCUAAUUUCACAUCUUUUAUGAUCGAUUUGUCAUUUCAAUAUUUAAAACUAUGGUCUAGAUGAUCAGAAAUGCACGCCCUUAAUGAAAGCGUUACCAUAAGCAACGAUUACAAAACAAUGCUAUAAAAGAGAUCCGAUGUUUAUAUCGCUGUGUAAAUUCAAAAUGAUGCAUUUACUACAUUUUAGAUAUUAUUGUUGUUAUGAAAUUUUCAUAUUUAAAAAAAUGUAACUGUAAACUGUCGACGAUAACCAACAUGGCAUUGUUAUGAAUGCGUCUUUUGUAUAUAUUUAUUUCUUGUAGCAGAGGAGCUUAUAGGAUUCUUGGAGUUGGCUCCCUUAUAAUUGUAAAUAAAACAAUGAUUGCGUAAAUUUAAGUAAUUAUUUAUUGUGUAAUUUUUCUGUAUAGUCGGAAAAAUUGUGAAAACACGAUUUUAGAUGCAAAAUUUGUGGUGUUCGAUGGCCACGAAAAUAAAUUGGUCGCAAUGAAAAUGUUUUAUUGUGUGGCUAAUUAUUAGGAGGGUUAUUAAAGUGUGAUUUGUGGCCAUGUCGUUAACAAUCAGAAAAUCACAUUGUGAUUUUAAUGCUUUGUACUUGUCUCUAACUAGGAGAGCCUUGAGUAUUGCUAUAUUUAAAAUCUUGCAAUAUAAUAUAUUAUUUGUGCAAUGUCGUAGGUACUGUUUUCAAUGUUAAAGUAGAAUUUUAAAUUAUGUAAGAUGUUUUGAAGUAAAUGUUUACUGUUUAGUCCUUGUAUUGUGUAGAGUCUAAUUAUUAUAUUCCCUUAUUCACGUUAGUAUGAAAAGAUUUUGUCUUUGGUGUCAACAGAGCAUUCCUAGAUAUAAAUAAGGUGAAGAUUAAAAAGCACACACACAGAGGUCACUUAAUAUUAUUUGAGAAAUGAAACUUUAUACUGUCAACCAUGCCAAGUUUUUAGUAUUUAGUAAGAAAUAUAUUGUAAUUAUAUAGUUGGAAUUAUCUGAGAUAUGGAGCUUUAAAGUUGUAUUAUCAGACAAACGCGUCUGAUAUAUAACAUUAUGAUCGGUGAAGUGACUUAGGAAAGUUUUAAAGAAGUGUAUUUUAACGAAUGUAUUAUGGAUAACAAUAUGUUAAGAUUUUAUAUUCCUCAUUCUAACUUUCUCUUGUAUUCGUAUGAUAUAAUUUAACUCAGAAAAUUGCAUUUAUAUUAUCUAUGCAAGUAAGAUUUUCUUUUAUUAAUAAUUCUACGAUCUACUAAACUACUAUUUACAUUAUACUAUAUAGAAUAUAGAUUUAGUUAAUAAUAUAUAUUUAUAUAUAAUAUAUAUUGCUUAUUUUUUAAUAUCCUUCUAUUUGGAUUAUAUUACUAUACUAGUAUGCACCUACAACCAGUUUAACAUGUACAUACAACCCUGUAUUUAAUUUGAUAUUUAUAUAUGUUUUACACUCUACUAAACAUAUUUUAAAUAUUUCGUUGUAUUCAAUUUAUUUAUGGUGAUUAUAUUUACCUUGACAGUGUAAUUUAAAUGAUUAUUAUUACGCUAAAUAUAUUUUACUGUCUACUAUCAAAGUAUGAUAUUAUAAAUGAAAUUAAUCUAUUUGGGAAACAUAGGCGGUAGAAGUUGACAGGCGCUAAUUUACAUCCCGUCCGGAGACUGCACAGGCAAAGCUAUGCAGUCUGCGGCCGGGUAUGUGGGACUCGCUGAUCUCUAUAUUUAAUAUUUAUAUCUGUAUUUAAUAAAUAAUGGUACACACGAUGAGCUUGAAGAAACGAACAGUGUAUUUAGUUUUUGUUGUUAAGUCAAUAAAUAUUUUCUUACUCCUCUUUCAAAAAAAAUAAAAUAUACUAUAGCACAAUAUACUAUACAAAAUUUAACAUAGAUAUUUUGAACUGAUUUUCAAAUGUGUAUAGUGUAUUAAAUAAACAAAUUUCAAAUUUACUACUGAAUCUAAUAUUUCGUCGUCCACUUACAAAUCAUUUUUAAAUAUUUCGUGAAACCAUUAGUGACCGCAGGCUGAAUAUAUUUUCUAUGUCUAAUGAUAAUUUAUACACUUAACUUAUUGUUAAGCUAUUAUUAAACAAAAUUAAAUAAAAUAAAAUCUGUGUGAUUUUUGAAUAAUAUAUUGAAAAUUGCAAAAAAAAAGUAAAAAAUAUACUAAUAUCAAAAAGUGAAUUUAAGCCUACAGCCACUCAGUGUUAUCCUAUAUAUCUUAUAUUAUUUAUCAAGAAAUUAUAUUAAAAACAUCUAUCUAUACAUAGUUAUUUGUAUCGUAUGUAUAAGGUAUAAAAUAUAUCAAAUUCGUUACUUAUACCGACUAAAGCACAAUUAAAUUUUUAAAUAACAUACUGAUAUCUCAAAUUAUAUUUUAACUUGUAAUUGUAAUAAUGACUACAGACUAACGACUAUUUUUAUCGUGUAACACACACGCACAAUUUAUAACUAGUUGUUCUACGAAUAUAUUUACAGUAGUUGUACCAGCGCUGAAUGUGUUUCAAAUAAUUACAAACUGUAUAGACUAUUUUAAAUAUAAGAAAAUUAAUAGAGAUAGAGAUUUAUGGUAACACAUCCCUAUAAUAUAAUGUCUAAUUGUAUAUUUGUCUCGUGUAUAUGAUAAGAUUUUUCUUCCCCUGGCUUACAAAUAUCUUCAACGUUUAAAAAAAAACGAUCUUUUCAGUUAUCACAUUGUAACGUCAAUUAAACACAGGCGUGGAAGAUAACUGUCUUUAUCGACCAUCAUUUUUGUUGAUUAACAUAUACGACUUAAUUCUGAUUCUGACUUCCGGAUUAUGAGCUUUAUAUGUAAUACCUAAUAUUUCCUUGAGAAAAUUGCAAUAGACUUGGGUGGGAUAUUUUAGGCAUUAAUAAAACCAGGUAGAAGAAUACCAUCUCAUGGAGAUAUUUAUUUAUACUUCUCUAAGCUAUUUUCCAAAAUCUAAAAGAAUUUUCCCGUUGAAAAUAAAUACUAAACCUAUACGUACGAACUUAAUUAAAGUUUAUGCACCGACAGCAGACCGUACAGUAUACAAGAGGAAUGUGAGAUAUUUUAUGAGGACUUGUAUCUGGCAAUGACGAUGACAAAAAACAUUACAUUGAUAUAAUAAUGGGAGACAUUAACGUUAAAGUGGUGGAGACUCCUAUACAUAAAAUAUCACGUACAGUCUUAAGCGAACCUUAACAACAAUCGUUGGGCGAUUAGAGUAAAAAAUGUGAAAUGAAAUAAAAAUAGAGUUCCCUGCUGAGCACAUCCUCACUGUAAUGAGUACAUGGUUCAAAUUACCUAAAUUGCGUUUAAACACUUGGAAAUCCCCUGAUCAUAAAAAUUCUAAAACAACAAGGAAUCCGAUCGACUAAUUAAUCGAUCGAUCGACUUACUGUAAUGUAAACCGAUGAUUCCAUAAUGGCAUUACCAGUGUUAAAACUUACCCAGGCGCAGAUAUCAACUCCGAUGACAUUCUAGUGUUGUCUAGAAUCAUAAUGAAGUUAAAGAAAUUAGAAAUUCCUCGAUUUACACAAAAAUUGAAAAACGAUGAAGUUGCAAAAAUCUACAGAAAUAUUUACAGAACCUACAGAAUCUACAGAAUAAGUCUUGACGAUUUAAUUCCAACUAAAGUGAAUGAGGUAUUUAUUACAAACUAAAAUUAAAGAUGCCAAAGAAUUGGAAUUGGUUCAGUGGUGUAAUUAUUUAGAUCUUCUUGCAGCAACGCACCAGUGUGUUGCUCUACAUAAGGCAAUUAAAUAAGGAAUUUCUGAAUAAAAUGAAUAAUGCUGUUUUUAAUGUUGUGAUGGAUUACAGUGGUACUGCGGUAGAAUUAAAAGGACGAUAUAAAUCUGGGAAGCCUUUAGAUCAGAGUUUUACUGUGACGACCGGCCAAGUCAAGUUGUUGUUAAAUGUUCUCUCACUGGUCUAACCAUCAUUCUAGAGAUAGAGAAGGCGGUAGAAGAAGCUUAUAUACCUCUAAAACUAAUAAAAAGCAUGCUGCAACUUUUUUAUAAAAUAUGUGACUAUGGAAACCAUAUACAACCGACUUGCUUGUAGCCAUUCCCAAAAAAACCCAAAGCGAUGAAAUGCUCAGAUUAUCUAACUUGAUGAGUCAAUCUGUGAAAGGUUUCUAAAAAUCAUCUGCAACAGGAUAUUCGGAAAAUGUCAAGAAAGCAUAUGUCUGCAGCAAUUUAGAUUCUGGCCAGGAGUUGGAACUCGAGAGGCUAUAUUUUCAUUGAAUAUGUUAUUAGAGCGAGCCAUAGAGAAGCAACAAAAAGUAUAUCUUUGCUUUAUGGACUACGAAAAGGCAUUUGAUAGAGUUAAGCACGAUUUUUUCAUAGAGAUUACCACUAAUUUUCCUUGUCAAUAAAAUUACAUUGGAAGAACUCUGUCGAUGGCUGUUUUUCCUUCUACAAAUAUAUUAGUUGUUAUCUGGAUGGGGAUGUGUUAGUGUACCUGUGUGUUAGUGUAAAAUUAAAUUUGUGUAUUAAUCUUACAAAUGUUAUUUAUAGGCGUAAAAAAUAAAUGUGACACCUUUACCUAUAUUUGAUGUACUAUUCGAAAAUAUUAUACAUGUUAUGUAUGAAUCUAAUUGUAUUUAAUAGUAAAGAUAUUGUAAUUUUAACAAAUAUAUUAGAAUAUGAUUAUAGGUCACAUCGUAAUUAUUCCAACUAUACCUAUAGUAUAGUUGGAAUAAUCACGAUGUGACCUUCAAAUAUUUAAAAUAUCUCCUAUCUAACAAAAAAAGAAUAAAUGAAAUCGCCCUGCGCACGCAGACAUUUUUGGCGAUUGUAGUGUCAUAUAAUAAAAAAUACCAAGUUUAAAUAAAUGUUAUUCUCGUCCCAAAACUUACUGAAUAUUUAUAAUAAUCGUGUUUUAUUUUAGUGUUACAAAUAUAUUCACAUAUUUAAACUUACAAUGAUGUUUGUAUAAUUAAAUUUAGAUUAAAUAAAUAAGAGUUUAAAUUGAAGUAACUUCUUCAAGUAGAAAAAUAUUUUAGAUUAGAUUUAAAAGAUUGUAAAAUUUUCUUUAUUUAUAAUUUGUAUGUCGCCAUAUUAUUUGUUUUUUUUUUUCGAGUAAAAUUACUACGAUGUAUUGGAACACGGAAAUGUAUUACAUGUGUUGAUUUAGUUUUUAAGUUUUUUUAUUACAUGCAUACUUAAUUUUUAUACUUUUAAAAAUAAUUCGUGUUUAUUUCUAUUCUAGAAUUUGUUAUUGUACCUAUAUAUAAGUAAGUGUAAUAAAGUUGUUUAAUGUCA